GAACACCUCAAGGGAUGGUUUAUGCAAACGAAACCUAACAAACAGAUUAGAUAACCAAGUUUCAGACUUGUAUUGGAUUUCGAGUUUGAUUAUGAAGUGAUAAAGUAAGACAAAUAAUAAAAAGCGGUGUCAUUAGCAUGUCUCAGAAGGAUCCCUGUCAGAAGCAAGCCUGUGAAAUCCAGAAGUGCUUACAGGCUAACAAGUACAUAGAGAGCAAGUGUGAGGAUGUGAUCAGAGCAAUGCGGAGGUGCUGUGAGGUGCACACUGCUCAGAGAUCAAUCUGCUGCUCAGGGUUUGUGAAGGAACAGGAAGAGACCAUCAAGAACAGGUGACCUCAAUCACUGAAACCCGUCACUUCCAAUAACACUUGAGAUGGCUGCACUGUGUUAAGAUAUUGUAGAGUUCAAUAAAUGAUGUAGAAUAGUA